AACCACAACAUAUCUAAACCGGUUUCCAAACACAUUCUAUUACUAUGUAACCCCAAAUUUGAUCUCCGACUUCAAAAUCGGAGAAAUUUCACGGCAUGGCUACAGCCGUUGGAAGCGGGAGCGAUGUAGAGGUUGGAUUUGCGAAGCUCCAAGGUGAGGAUUUCGAGUACUAUAUGCAGUCUUACUCCAUUAUUCUCGGCCGGAAUUCUAAGAAAUCGACCGUCGACGUCGACCUCUCAUCUCUCGGCGGUGGGAUGAACAUUUCUCGCAACCACGCUCGGAUCUUCUAUGACUUCACUAGACGACGCUUCUCUCUCGAGGUACUUGGCAAAAAUGGCUGCUUCGUUGAAGGUGUCCUCCAUCUCCCUGGGAACCCCAACGUCAAGCUCGAUUCACAGGACCUUUUGCAGAUUGGUGACAAGGAGUUCUACUUCCUGCUUCCGGUUUGGAGUAUCCUAGGCGGUCCAUUGGGACCCAGGCACCACGUCUUAGGGAAGGCUACUGUUGUUCCGUACCAUAAUUAUCAUUCGGGUCCAGGUUCCGGGUCGGGUAAGAAUGGCGUCCGGAGUAGAGAGUUGUAUGAGUACGAUGAUGAAGACGACGAUGAAGAGGAGGAUAUCAGAGGCAGUGGAAAGAAAACAUGGAGAGAUGGACAUGAAGGAGUAUAUGCCUCUGGAGAGAAGAAGAGAGAGGGAAGAUCAAAGGCAGAUCGUGAAGCUGAUGAUCAACAAUUUUUGCAGCUAAUGCAUGGUAGUGGUUGGUCUGUGACAGAUAUUAAAGGAGUAUGGAAACGUAUGGCAUCACAGUCGAGUAAGAAGAUACCUAUCACAAGAAGACUGGGCUAUCCCUGAAGCAAAAGGUAAACCAUGGUACGGUUUGCUGAUGCUGCUGAGAAAAUACCCGGAGCAUUUCGUCAUCAACACGAGAUCAAAGGGAAGAGUUACCCUUGAAUUCGUUUCCCUCGUUACCCUACUCUCAUAAUCAUCGAGAUGAUUGUUAGUGCAGGAGCAGGAUGAUUGGUAGUAUAUCUUUUAUGUUUCCACGUAAUGAGUGUAUAAGUGGGUGUUAGGUGUUUUGACCUUGGUGACUCGUCGGAUUAAGUUUUUCUCGCUUUUCUUUGUUACGUUGUAUAUGUAGAAUGACAAUGACAUUGAUGAGUAAAACACUCUCGGAUUUAACCUUUUCUCUCUCUUCAAGAAAUCGC